CGCUCUCUCUCACUCUCGCUCUCUCUUAACCCGACGAAUAGGUCGCCGUUCCCCUUUUCAGUUUUCCUUCCUAUCGUCUCUCCAUCUCCCUCUGUGGCCCUUAUUUUGUGCCUUAUGUUCUAAGAUUGUCAAUGGACCUCUAUUUGCCUACAGCCAAGAAAUUCUUCCGACCUUAAAAGGAGGGGCACCAGUCCGACCAUUUCUCAAGGCCCUAGCCGCUUUGUUGGUUCCACUGAGAUAGAUAGGUUAUCCUACGAUUCCCUGGAUAUGUGAAAGUCUUUCCAAAGAAAGAAACGACAUAGAAGUUUCUCAAGUCUGCCGUUGAGAUUUCUGAACCCUUUGCUUGAUCGAAUACUUCAUUGGAUUUGGUUAUCACGCUUAGAGUUGCACGUAGCUAUUUUGCUUAGUUAUGUGGAUUCUGGAUUUUCUCUUGUUGGUGUGAUUGUGAAAGUUAACGCGUACGCUCUCCUUGAUCACUUUCUUUACCUUGUCAAUUUUAUAGAUUGGGAAUAUUUGCAGAGUUCUGGGGGCAGAAUGUGUUGUUUUUAGGAAUGAAAUCGACGAGCUCAGACUUGCUACCAAACGGGGAGGAGAGUCUGAUGGAUGAAGAAAAGAAUAAGAAGAAACGGAGGAAAAGCUUCGGUACGGACACCUCUGAUAUGUUCGGAAAUGAUAAAUAUGGGGCAGGCAAUCAAGAUGAGAGAGUUUUAAGAGAGGAGGACCAAAUGGUGAAUGUUGGUUCAGAGGAGGCGGAGGAGAAGAAGAAUAAGAAGAAGAAGGAGAAGAAGAAGGAGAAGGUCAAGGAGGAGAAUAGUGAUGAGGUUGCUUCUCAGAGUGGGAUCUCUACUGAAGGACUUGGUCAUUUGCAAGGUAGCGACGAAGGGUUCCCGGAAAGGAGGAAUCAUGAUGAGGGAAAAAGAAGGGAGAAGAAGCGGAAGAAGUUGGUGGAAGAGAAGCUUUUGGAGGAGAAGGCAGAUGCGAAGAAAAAGAAGGUGAAAGUAGCUGAUGAAGACAUUGCAGGAGAUCAUGGCGUGUCUCUUCAUAGUCACGAUCAAUCAGGAAAUGAUGAGGACAGUAAUGGAAAUUGCCACCAAAAGGAAGAUAAUGCCAAGAACCAGGACAGGGAAAAGCAGGCAGCUACUGAGGGGGAAGAAGAAGAUCCUUGGAAAGGAAAUAAAGAGAAACCGAAGAAGCAGAGACGGAAUAAAUUUCAUGACCAGGGCGUGGACGAACAUGAGAUGUGCAGCCAGGGGACUUGUGCAUUGAAAAAUGACCAAAAAAGUUGCGGACAAACCGGAGUUAGUGAAAAUGCUGACGCAGAGAUAGUAUCUGAUGGUACAGGCGCCACAUCAAGGAAGACCAAGAACAAGAAGGGAAAAAGGAGUAAGGAGGCGUGGGCCGAUGAACAUCAUUUUGGGGAGAAGAAGAAGGAAAAGGCAAAGAACAAGAAGAAUUCGAGGGAGCUUAAGGGUAUUAAAGAUUCUUCAAAAUCAGGUAAAAGGUCGAAGCAUGUGUCUUUUGCCGACAGUGUAGAGGUUUUCACAUUUGUCGGGGAUCAUCCUCCUGAUGAGAAAUCUGACGAGCUUCAGGGAGGUCUAAUACAGGGAAAGAGGUUCACUAAGAAAGAAGAUGAAAUGGUUAUGGAAGCCAUAGACAUGUACAUAAAGGCACAUGGUUUGGGAGAAAGUGGCUGGGAAAAGGUUAUGAACUGCAAAAAACAUCCUGAGGUUAGGCAUUGUUGGAAAGAAAUUGGUGCUACCAUGCCUUGGAGACCAUAUAGAAGCAUUUAUAUUCGUGCACAUGUACUUUAUGAGUCUCGUAGGUCAGAACUGCGCAAAUGGACUGAUGAAGAACGGGAAACUGUGCUAAGAUAUGUUAAAUUUCAUGGAAAAAAGUGGAGACAAAUAUCAGAUAUGCUCGGGAAACAUAGGUUUCAUGUUAAGGAUCUUUGGCGUCGAACUAAGUCUGCUAACUAUAGAAAAGGACGUUGGUCUCAGGAGGAGUACCAGCAGCUUUUUGACAUGGUCAACUUUGACUUACAAACGAGAGCUUCUGAAGAGAAGGACACAAAACAUGGGAUGUUGCGGGAUAACAUAGCCUGGGAAGCAAUUAGCGACAAGUUGGCUACAAGGAGUCAAGUAUACUGCUGUAUAAAAUGGUACAACCAAUUGGCAUCACCUUUAGUGAAAACUGGGCUUUGGGCUAAUAUUGAUGAUCACCUUUUAUUGGGAAGACUUUUGGAGAUGGACGCAUGUAAUGUGGAUGAUGUUGAUUGGGACAAUCUUCUUGACAAUCGAUCAGGGGAACUUUGCCGCAAGCGCUGGGAGCAGAUGACUAGACAUAUUGGAGACAACAGGACCAAGUCGUUUGAGGAACAGGUCCAUCUUCUGGUCUCAAGAUAUUGCCCCAACUUGUUGGAAUGAAGCUACGUGGGAGCUGCAUUGUCGAAGGGUUCUCUUAGAUCACCACUAAUGUGGCUGUCGAAUUCUGAACGCAGUACCUUUUGAGCAGCUUUGGAUGUUGAAUGUAGCCACUAGCCAGGAUGAAUUCUUUUACCUGUACAUGAAGAUAAACAGUUGCCUGCGGCAAGGUUCUUGUGCUGCUGCUUUUCAAAAUUUGGCCACUAUUUUUGAAAUGGAAGAGAUUGGGAUAAUUUCUGGGGAGUUUACACAUUUGGAGAUUUUCACUAAGAUAUUGACAUAAUUUCUGGGUAGAUUGAACCUUACACAUUUGGAGAUUUUCACUA